AUGCACAAAUGUUCUCGCUGUGGAUCGGAAGUGAAAACAAUCCGAUAUGAUACCAACGCCAAACAUUGGUUAUUCAUGUGUGUGAAUGAAAAUUGUACAUUUCCAUUUGAUUUGGAUAAUUUUGAGGAUUAUCUUUGUGAGGAUGAUGAUACUUUGUAUCAACAAAAUUCAACAACUUUUGAUGUUCCGAAUGGUGAUCAAGUCAUUUGUAUUGAUGAUACCUCACCAAUGAAUAAGAGGAAUGAAAUUAUUGAUUUAAUUUCAUCACCAACAUCUCCAGCGCAAAAUCAAUCCGAUAACAUUACAGAUUUAUUCAAAGAAUACUUUUAA